AUGCGGUGGUUACUUUCUUUGCUGGUCUUGGGUAUUUACUAUGGAGCCGUUCAGGCGUUAAGCAGUGCCGGCAGCAGACUGCUGGUUAUACAAGAGGAUGCUUCGGAGAAGCAAUUGUAUUCUACAUUUUGGGCUGACCUUGAAAGACUCGGCCCGGCCUUGACCCCGAAAGCCCUCCUUGACUUUGUCAAUGAAGAUGGAAACAUUAUUCUAGCGCUUUCUGGAGGCUCGCCCACCCCUACGGCCAUAUCUUCCCUUCUCCUUGAACUAGACAUCAAUCUUUCGCCUGAUCGAGCGCCCGUGGUUGCGGACCAUUUCAAUUAUGAUACUCUUUCCUCAGCGGAUUUCCAUGACACACUCCUCGUUUCUCGUCCGGAUAAGUUGCGACCGGAUGUAAAGAACUUCUUUGCUGGUGAUGGAAUUCUCGCUUUUCCAAAAUCCGCGGGACAAUCUCUGGGGACUGAAAGCCCGUUACUCGUUCCCAUCCUUCGUGCACCAAAAACCGCGUACUCUUACGAUACCAAAGAUAUAGAUGCCGCGAUUGAAGGGACUUUUGCGACAGGAUCGCAAAUUGCUCUCGUCUCUGCCAUGCAAGCAAGAAACUCUGCACGUAUCACGGUCUUGGGUUCAGCAGAGAGCUUGCAAGAUAAAUGGUUCUCCGCGACCGUCAAAGGGCCAAAAGAUGGAAAAGAAAGCAAGACCGCGAAUAGAGAUUUUGCGAGACAACUUACCGCUUGGACAUUUAAGGAAACCGGCGUUAUCAGGGUGGGCAGGAUACAGCAUUAUUUGAGCGAGUCGAUAGCAACAACUCCCGCUCUCUUGAAUGAGUCUAAUCCAACCAUUUACCGGAUCAAGAACAAUGUGACCUUCAACAUUGAGCUUUCCGAAUACAGUUAUGAUCACUGGGUUCCCUUCGAUCCCCCCAAAGAUGAUGCUGUUCAACUGGAAUUUACGAUGCUUUCUCCUUUCCACCGCUUAAACCUUAAACCUGUUUACAAGACCGCAACCGGCACCGUUUACGGUACCAGUUUCGUUCUCCCUGACCAGCAUGGCAUCUUCUCGUUCCGGGUUAACUACAAACGUCCAUUUCUCACCAACAUUGUCGAGAAGCACGAAAUUACAGUCAGACACUUUGCGCAUGAUGAAUGGCCGCGCAGCUGGAGAAUCACCGGCGGAUGGGUUUGGAUUGCCGGACUCUGGUCGGUAAUCGGUGGGUUCCUUGCAUUCGUCGUUGUGUGGCUCUAUUCAGCGCCGCCAAGGGAAGAAAGCAUUGUGAAAAAAGACCAGUAG